GAACUUUAGCUCUCUGCCCGGCGCCUCUGUUGUCCGGAAGGGAGGCAAGCCCCCUUAGAGUUGCCAGUAACGGACAUGGCUGCGGCCCCGGGAGGAGGGGACGUGAAGUGAGGAGGGGGUUGGGAGGGGAGAGGACGCGGGCGAGGAAGACCGGCCCCGGGGCCCCGAUGUUGUGACUGUGACAGACUCACUGGGGUUUGUACAUGCUGGGGAGGAGCCUUCCUUUCAGGGGUGACCACAUUCAUCUGGGCAUGCCUGCAGUACUCUUGGCCCAUGGACCUGAAGGAGAAGCACCUGGGCGAGCCUCCCUCAGCCCUGGGCCUGUCCACGCGGAAGGCCCUCAGCGUCCUGAAGGAGCAGCUGGAGGCAGUGCUAGAAGGACAUCUCAGAGAGCGGAAAAAGUGUCUGACCUGGAAGGAGGUGUGGAGAAGCAGCUUCCUCCACCACAGUAACCGCUGCUCCUGCUUCCACUGGCCGGGGGCCUCACUCAUGCUACUGGCCGUGCUGCUGCUGCUGGGCUGCUGCGGGGGACAGCCGGCCGGGAGCCGUGGGGUGGGGCUGGUGAAUGCCUCGGCUUUGUUCCUGUUACUACUUCUCAACCUUGUGCUCAUCGGGCGGCAAGACCGGCUGAAGCGUCGGGAGGUAGAGCGGAGGCUGCGAGGGAUCAUUGACCAAAUCCAAGAUGCCCUCAGGGAUGGCAGGGAGAUCCAGUGGCCCAAUGCCAUGUAUCCAGACCUCCACAUGCCUUUUGCGCCAUCCUGGUCCCUGCACUGGGCCUACAGAGACGGACACCUAGUCAACCUGCCAGUCAGCCUGCUGGUGGAAGGAGACAUCAUAGCUUUGAGGCCUGGCCAGGAAUCGUUUGCUUCUCUGAGGGGGAUCAAGGAUGACGAGCACAUCGUCCUGGAGCCGGGAGACCUCUUCCCCCCCUUCUCCCCUCCACCCUCACCCCGGGGAGAAGUGGAGAGAGGGCCACAGAGCCCCCAGCAGCACCGGCUUUUCCGUGUCCUUGAGACCCCUGUGAUUGACAACGUCAGAUGGUGCCUGGACAUGGCCCUGUCCCGACCAGUCACUGCCCUGGACAAUGAGCGGUUCACAGUGCAGUCGGUGAUGCUACACUAUGCUGUGCCCGUGGUCCUGGCCGGCUUCCUCAUCACCAAUGCCCUGCGCUUCAUCUUCAGUGCCCCGGGGGUCACUUCCUGGCAGUACACCCUCCUCCAGCUCCAGGUGAAUGGCGUCCUGCCCAUCCUGCCCCUGCUCUUUCCAGUCCUCUGGGUUCUGGCAACUGCCUGUGGAGAGGCCCGUGUCCUGGCCCAGAUGAGCAAGGCCUCGCCCAGCUCCCUGCUGGCUAAGUUCUCAGAGGACACUCUCAGCAGCUAUACAGAGGCUGUCUCCUCUCAGGAAAUGCUGCGCUGCAUUUGGGGCCACUUCCUGAGGGUGCUCGGGGGGACGUCGCCAACGCUGAGCCACAGUUCCAGCCUGCUGCACAGCCUGGGCUCUGUCACGGUCCUGUGCUGUGUGGACAAACAGGGGAUCCUGUCAUGGCCAAAUCCCAGCCCAGAGACUGUACUGUUCUUCAGCGGGAAGGUGGAGCCCCCUCACAGCAGCCAUGAGGACCUCACCGAUGGCCUAUCCACCCGCUCCUUCUGCCAUCCUGAGGUAGAGGAGGAGCCCCAUGAACGAGACGCCCUCCUGGCUGGCUCCCUGAACAACACCACCCUGCACCUUUCCAAUGAGCAGGAGCGUGGCGACUGGCCUGGCGAGGCUCCCAAGCCCCCUGAGCCCUAUUCACACCACAAAGCACACGGCCGCAGCAAACACCCAUCUGGCUCCAACGUGAGCUUCAGCAGGGACACCGAGGGUGGCGAAGAAGAGCCCAACAAGACCCAGCCUGGGAUGGAGAGCGACCCCUACGAAGCAGAGGACUUUGUGUGUGACUACCACCUGGAGAUGCUGAGCCUGUCCCAGGACCAGCAGAACCCCUCCUGCAUCCAGUUUGAUGACUCCAACUGGCAGCUGCACCUCACCUCCCUCAAACCCCUGGGCCUCAAUGUGCUGCUGAACCUGUGUAAUGCCAGCGUCACCGAGCGCCUGUGCCGAUUCUCCGACCACCUGUGCAACAUCGCCCUGCAAGAGAGCCACAGCGCCGUGCUGCCCGUGCAUGUGCCCUGGGGCCUCUGCGAGCUUGCCCGCCUCAUUGGCUUCACUCCUGGGGCCAAGGAGCUUUUCAAGCAGGAGAACCACCUGGCGCUGUACCGCCUCCCCAGUGCCGAGACAAUGAAGGAGACGUCGCUGGGGCGGCUCUCCUGUGUCACCAAGCGGCGGCCUCCCCUCAGCCACAUGAUCAGCCUCUUCAUUAAAGACACCACCACCAGCACAGAGCAGAUGCUGUCCCAUGGCACCGCUGAUGUGGUCUUAGAGGCCUGCACAGACUUCUGGGACGGAGCUGACAUCUACCCUCUCUCGGGAUCUGACAGAAAGAAAGUGCUGGACUUCUACCAGCGAGCCUGCCUGUCUGGGUAUUGCUCUGCCUUCGCCUACAAGCCCAUGAACUGCGCCCUGUCCUCUCAGCUCAACGGCAAGUGCAUCGAGCUGGUACAGGUGCCCGGCCAAAGCAGCAUCUUCACCAUGUGCGAGCUGCCCAGCACCAUCCCCAUCAAGCAGAACGCCCGCCGCAGCAGCUGGAGCUCUGAUGAAGGGAUCGGGGAGGUGCUGGAGAAGGAAGACUGCAUGCAGGCCCUGAGCGGCCAGAUCUUCAUGGGCAUGGUGUCCUCCCAGUACCAGGCCCGGCUGGACAUCGUGCGCCUCAUCGAUGGGCUUGUCAACGCCUGCAUCCGCUUUGUCUACUUCUCUUUGGAGGAUGAGCUCAAAAGCAAGGUGUUUGCAGAAAAAAUGGGCCUGGAGACAGGCUGGAACUGCCACAUCUCCCUCACACCCAACGGUGACAUGCCUGGCUCCGAGAUCCCCCCCUCCAGCCCCAGCCACGCAGGCUCCCUGCAUGAUGACCUGAAUCAGGUGUCCCGAGAUGAUGCAGAAGGGCUCCUCCUCAUGGAGGAGGAGGGCCACUCGGACCUCAUCAGCUUCCAGCCUACGGACAGCGACAUCCCCAGCUUCCUGGAGGACUCCAACCGGGCCAAGCUGCCCCGGGGUAUCCACCAAGUGCGGCCCCACCUGCAGAACAUUGACAACGUGCCCCUGCUAGUGCCCCUUUUCACCGACUGCACCCCAGAGACCAUGUGUGAGAUGAUAAAGAUCAUGCAAGAGUACGGGGAGGUGACCUGCUGCCUGGGCAGCUCUGCCAACCUGCGGAACAGCUGCCUCUUCCUCCAGAGCGACAUCAGCAUUGCCCUGGAUCCCCUGUACCCGUCCCGUUGCUCCUGGGAGACCUUUGGCUACGCCACCAGCACCAGCAUGGCCCAGGCCUCGGAUGGCCCUUCUCCCCUGCAGCUGUCAGGGCAGCUCAACAGCCUGCCCUGCUCCCUGACCUUUCGCCAGGAGGAGACCAUCAGCAUCAUCCGGCUUAUCGAACAGGCUCGGCACGCCACCUAUGGCAUCCGUAAAUGCUUCCUCUUCCUGCUGCAGUGCCAGCUGACUCUCGUGGUCAUCCAGUUUCUUUCUUGCCUGGUCCAGCUGCCGCCACUCCUGAGUACCACCGACAUCCUGUGGCUGUCCUGCUUUUGCUACCCUCUGCUCAGCAUCUCUCUGCUGGGGAAGCCCCCCCAUAGCUCCAUUAUGUCUAUGGCAACGGGGAAAAACCUCCAGUCCAUUCCCAAGAAGACCCAGCACUACUUCCUGCUCUGCUUCCUGCUCAAGUUCAGCCUGACCAUCAGCUCCUGCCUCAUCUGCUUUGGCUUCACACUGCAGAGCUUCUGUGACAGCUCCCGGGACCGCAACCUCACCAACUGCUCCUCCGUCAUGCUGCCCAGCAAUGACGACAGGGCUCCAGCCUGGUUUGAGGACUUUGCCAACGGACUGCUGUCGGCUCAGAAGCUCACGGCCGCCCUGAUUGUCCUGCACACUGGUGAGAGGGCUCCCUGGGAGGGCGUGGAUGAUGGUGGGAGAAGAGCCCCACUGCGGAAGUCUGACCCCCACAUCGCCCCACUUUCCCCAGUCUUCAUUUCCAUCACCCAUGUGCAUCGCACCAAGCCCCUGUGGAGAAAGAGCCCCUUGACCAACCUCUGGUGGGCCGUGACAGUGCCUGUGGUGCUGCUGGGUCAGGUGGUCCAGACGGCCGUGGACCUGCAGCUGUGGACGCACAGAGACAGCCACAUCCACUUUGGCCUGGAGGACGUGCCCCUGCUGACAUGGCUCCUGGGCUGCCUGUCCCUGGUCCUUGUGGUGGUGACCAAUGAGAUCGUGAAGCUACAUGAGAUUCGGGUCCGAGUCCGCUACCAGAAGCGACAGAAGCUGCAGUUUGAAACUAAGCUGGGCAUGAACUCUCCCUUCUGAGCCACUGGCUGUGGUGGCUGUAGUUGCCCCCGUCCCUGGGGCUAAAGCCAGACCCAUUUCUGAACAGGGGAGUUGGUAUCAUGAAUGUUUCCAGGUUUGCUCCUGCACCCGUGGCACUGGAAACCCAGCUCCCCGUGUCAGACCCCGAUGUCUUCCUGAGCCCUGGGGCUCACUGUGGAGGAGCUGACGGCCUGGGCCCUUGGCCAGUCCUGGCUCUUCCCUGGGCCUCACCAGGGACACUCUUGAAUGUAUGGCCUCAGGCGCUCCCUAGAGGGGCCCUUAACCCCCCUCACCUGUGAGCUACCCCCUUUAGGGAUCCCUUGCCCCCUUGGGGAUCCCUUGCCCCCCAGUGCCUCUGCUCGUGGGUCCCUGGACACGGCCUUGAAGCAAACCUUCUUUGGAGAAGCAACAGCAGCAGCCUUGGCCGACGCGUCCAACUCCCAAGGCUGCCGUGGAGGGCAGGGUGGUGGUGCUUGCCUGGAUGUGGCCCCGAGUGCCUCCCCUCCCUCCCUCUGUGGGGGAGUCUCCCGCCUGAACCUGAAGAUGGAGCAGGGCCCCUGCUUCACCCUGGAGCCUCUUCCUGUGCCUGGCUCAAGCUGGCUGCCUGUCAGUCUUGGGGAAUCUGGCCCAGGUCUCCUCAGCCUCUGCCCCAGUUCUGGGAGAAGUUUCUACUGGUGUAUAUUUUUUACUGGAAAUGAGCCUUUUAGGAAUGAAUGUAGACUGGUUUGUAUUAAAAUGUGUCAAUUGCUAAGAAA